UCUCAUGCCUAGAGAAUCUUUUCUGUGGGAGGUAGAGUGCCUGGGAGAUAUUGUUAUGGCGGUUUCCGACAGAUCAACCAAAGAAAGAUUAUUGUCUGUUUUGGACGAUUUGGAGGUGCUCUCCAGGGAAUUAAUUGAAAUGUUAGCCCUUUCAAGAAGCCAGAAGUUGCCACAGCCUGGAGAGGAAAGUCAAAUUUUAGAGCUACUGGUGCAGAGGGAUGGUGAGUUUCAAGAGCUAAUGAGGAUAGCUCAUGAACAAGGAAAAGUUCAUCAGGAAAUGCAGUUACUGGAAAAAGAGGCAGAAAAAAGAGACACUGACAUUCAGCAACUUCAGAAACAGCUGAAAGAAGCAGAGCACAUACUGGCAACAGCAGUUUAUCAAGCAAAGGAAAAACUGAAAUCAAUAGAAAAAGCAAGGAAGGGAAGUGUCUCCUCUGAAGAAGUUAUUAAAUAUGCCCAUAGGAUAAGUGCAAGUAAUGCAGUAUGUGCUCCCCUCAAUUGGGUGCCAGGAGAUCCAAGAAGGCCAUACCCAACUGAUCUGGAGAUGAGGAGUGGAAGACUAGGCCAGAUGAGCAACCUCUCAACCAAUGGUGUCAAUGGUCACCUUCCGGGAGAUGCACUGGCUGCUGGAAGAUUGCCUGAAGUUUUGACUCCUCAGUAUCCAUGGCAGUCAGGUGAAAUGAGUUUGAACAUGCUGCCACCAAACCACAGCAAUGACUUCAUGCUGGAACCACCAGGGCACAAUAAAGAGAAUGAAGAUGAUGUAGAAGUCAUGUCCACAGACUCUUCGAGCAGCAGCAGUGAUUCUGACUAGAUAAUUGUGAAGGAGUCAAUAGAAAGAGAGAUGAACUCUUACAUAUAUUUGCUGCAUUUUAGCAGCUUUACAUUUGUUUAGUUGGCAGUUGCUGCCACUUGAGAUGCUUAGAGAAAGCAUGAGCAUACCACUGUGGGUCUACAGAAAAAUCCCAUUUGACUGGACUUCAGUUUUCUUAAUGGUCAUCAUGUAAAACUGUUUUGAGGUGUUUGUUCUGGCUUUUGCUAAAGCUUCUGGAAAGAGAUUUCAAACUAGUUGCAUUCCUCAUUGGAAAGCCGUGUCUAACGUUUACUUAAAACAUCUUUGAUGGCUACAUUAGAACAGGGUGACAUUUUCUUGGUGGUCAUAAAAGAGAUUACUGGGAUUUGUUACAGGUGAUGCACCGAAGCGAAUUAACUUUUUUUAACAUAGUAACUCUGACUUUUUUGGUCUUUUGAUCUUUUUUCUGUAGUAUAUUAUAAAUAUUUGUAAAUUAAAACAAAAAGUAUCCAGACGUAACAUACUGCUUAAAUCUGUUCAUAACUGAUGAAAAGUUUACAAGUAUUUUCAAAGAAGGAAGUUAUUGUCCUGUUUUAAAGUGACAUUUACUCAGUACUUGUUUAAUUUUUUUAUCUAACACUACAAGCAUCUUUUAGGAAUUGCAACAAAGAAUAUCCGCAUUUGUAGAGGCACACAUUCCUCAGAUGUUUGGGCUGAAACCAAGUAAAGUAUUAUUUUAUAUUUGAAUUGUCUGAAUAUUAGUCUGGCAUUAAUCACUGUAAUAUUUAAGCACAAUAUGUAUUAUUUUUGUAGUCUAUAGCAAUACAGAAACUAAACCACUUCUCUGUUUUCUUUUUCCAUACAGAAGAGAGAUAGGAAAAAGUCCAUUUAAAUUAAUAACUAACAUUUUUAGGCAUGUAGUUAUUUUUAUUGCCAUUUUCAGUUUUGUGAAGGGUAACAUGUUUGUCUCAUUGUGUAUUUGGUGGUUUUACCCCAUUUGGUGGAUAACUAAAAGGGUUUGGCCAGUGUGUUACCUUACAGUUAAACAACAGUGAGACAGGACGUCAUGGAUCAACCAGUUAACAGUUCCUAAAAACUCAGGUGUGCUUUUAAAAGAUUAAAUAUGAUUAUGUUAUGUUAAUAUACUUCUGUACAUAAAAAUUUUUAGGGAUGCAAAUAAUUAUGAAACUUGUUUUAUGAAAAAAGUGAUCUUUUUUUCUCUUUGAAUAACUUUAUUUCAGGGAAAGGUUAGAUUUAAGCAGAAUGACAAGGUAAUGAACAAUAGACUUUUUCUUAGCCAUUUUUUCUCGUCUACCAAGGGCACUGGUAAUUCUGUAGGGCGCUAUACCCAAGUGACUUUCCAUUAAACUAGAACAAUAUAACACAUCAGUGCAGGUGCAAUGGAAAUGUACUUCAGCAAUAUUAAAAAAGAAGUAACAUUUAAACAAAAUGUAAUAGAGCAAUUUGAAGUGCCCUUUAAUAAAAAGUAAAUGUACAAAUGAGCGCUCUUACCUGAAUGUCCUACAGAAUUUUUAGAAUACUGAGCUUCCUUUCAGCCUAGAAAAUAUCUCAACAGGAUAGUCAUGUACUGAGCUUCACAUUCCCUAAAAUGAACUCCUGUUGAAAGAAUGGGUGGACAGAUAAGGUGAAUAAAAUUGCUAUUUAGUUUUCUGAAGUAUGAAGUGUGAGAUCACCACUUCUCAAAUUUUCUGUUAAUCCACCAAAAAGUUAGGUAUACCAAAUCAUUGAUUUAAUGUAAAUCCCAAGUCAGAGGGCAAAGUUCAUCAACCACUAGCAGCAUUCCAUUUAUUUUUCUAAUCUUAGUUUGCCAAUUGCAGGAAGUUCAGGAGUUCUUUUAAACAUUAGUCUUAGACCUUGAAUUGUAAUAUUAGGAUUUAAAAAAUAUAUAUAUAUAUAUGCAAGUCAUUCAACUCAACAAGACUUGUAAAUUCUUAUUUAUCUUAGUACAUCCAAAAUAGCUGAUGACAUCCUUGGGUUAUAUACCGGGUCUGAGUGGGGAAUUUUUUUUUUUUUUUGUAGUAAUGUUUGUGUGAAAUUUAUAUUUGAAGAGUUUUUUUCUAUCUGUACCCCCGUGUCUUCAGUGGAAUUUAUUUAUUAAAUUAACAGCUGGCAAUAGAUAA